GUGAUUGUUAACAGAAUUGCCACUGUACGUCUUCAUCUUCUCUACAGGGUCUGGUUGGUUUCUUGGCCGGUCGUCACUUUCAUUCUGCUCAAAUUGUGGUUGAAGUUCAGUUUUCCUCCAUGUUUGGAUUAAAAGUUGGUACUUUGUAGCCAUGGAUGAUGACAGUUCAAGCCCUUUAUGGAGGAUGUCGAGCAAACGCAGGGAUGGAUUUGUCCUUAUCCUCAUAUUUGAGAGGCAGAUGUGGGGGUUCUACCGUCCAAAAUAGUGCAAGAUGAAAUUUGAUUCGGACAGGCAUUCAAAAAAGGGCAGGGUGAUUUCAAUUGGAGUUGUUGUUAGUGUCAAAGUUCUUAAAAAUUUCUCUUUAAAUGCCUCAGAAUUUGUUAUGUUCUGUUUACUUUGUCAAUGUUUCUUGAUUGACUGCGGGAAAGGCCAUGAGAACCUUCCUUGAGCUCUUAUAUGAGGUUAAAAAUGGAUAAUUGUGUUUCCACUCCAUUUGAUUUAAUAUACCUCACUAGCUAAUGUAAGUAUUCCUGUAAUGGAAAUUGGCAAACUUUGAAUCCUUGCUUCCACAUGUUCCAUUCUACUUGAGGGGCAGCUGUUGGACUUCCAAGUUCUACAUUCCAUCACCAUUCCUGCAGUGUUUGUGGCUUUACUUCGAACUAUACCCGUGUCACAUGUGGACUGCGAUGUUGUUUGUGACGGUGUCAAAACAUACAAAAUGAUACUCGGUGUCUAAAAUUUGUUGUCUAAGUUGUUAGAGAUUAUUGUCUAAAAUGCAAAAAGCAGAGAUAAGAGCCAUAAGGAGUAGCCGUAGAAGUUUUCAAGUUCUCCUAGCUUGUAGCAUGUUUGACAACAUUGCUUUGCUUUCUGUUGCAGUGUACAUGGAUUGGUGUUAAAUCAUAAAUGGUUAAUGAUAGAGUCUUUCCUGAAUCCUAUAAAAAGAUGGUUCUUUU